GCUGUUUUAAAACUUCGUCGACAUUGAGAUUAAUAUUAACUUUAUGUUGUCUGUGGGUGCAGCACACUUCAUGGAAGCUGGUGGACGCCAUCCAUCCAGACUGUGCUAUAAUAUCACAGCUGGCCAAGGCCCAGGAGCAGUGCCUGCAAACACAGAGGCAGGAGGCCCAGAACCAGACAACCCGGUCAGGUUAUGUGUACAGGAACUGCACCCAGCAGGGCUGGACGGAGCUGUACCCUUCCUAUGAGGAUGUGUGCGAAUUCCGGGAGAAGGAUGAGGCCGAGUCUGAGACGACAUACUACUCAACGUUCAAGCAGGUCUACACCGCUGGCUACGCCACAUCGCUGGUGUCCCUCAUCACUGCCAUCUUCAUCUUCACCGCCUUCAGGAAGUUCCACUGCACCAGGAACUACAUCCACAUGAACCUGUUUGCCUCAUUCAUCCUGCGGGCAAGUGCCGUCUUCAUCAAGGAUAGCGUGCUCUUCGCCGACGAGACCCUCGACCACUGCUUCGUAUCCACGACCGCCUGCAAGUCUGCCGUGGCCUUCUUCCAGUUCAGCAUCCUGGCCAAUUACUUCUGGCUGCUGGUGGAAGGGAUGUACCUGCAAACCCUGCUGGCGCUCACCUUCGUGUCACAGAGGAAGUACUUCUGGUGGUACAUCCUGAUUGGCUGGGGUCUUCCAACGAUGGUUCUGACCAUCUGGGUGCUGACAAGGAACUUCUAUGAUAACAGAGGAUGCUGGGAUGAUAAUGACUAUGCAGCUUUCUGGUGGAUCAUCAAGGGUCCGAUAACAGUGUCGUUACUGGUCAACUUCAUCAUCUUCAUCAACGUGAUUCGCAUCCUGGUGCAGAAGCUCAAGUCGCCCAGCGUGGGAGGGAAUGACACAAGCCAUUUUACGAGGCUGGCGAAGUCGACGCUGUUCCUCAUCCCACUGUUCGGCACACACUACACGGUGUUCGCCUUCCUGCCCGAGAACACUGGGGAGGCGGCCAGGCUCUACAUCGAGCUGGGGCUCGGCUCCUUUCAGGGUUUCGUUGUGGCCCUGCUCUACUGCUUCCUGAACGGAGAGGUGCAGGCCGAGCUAAAGAAGCGACUGUGCAAGUGGCAGAGCCAGGGCUACCUGAGCUUUGCCAAGAGACGGCGGACGCUAUUCGCUGAAAGCAGCACUGUCACGCAGAUCUCCGUGCUGGAGAAGGCAAGUCCCAAGGAGCUGCUGUCCUUCGAGGUCCAGAACAGCGUCUCAUCUAUCUGAGAGCCUGAUCCAGACCCCUCUGCCCCCUGGGGACCCAGUACAGGGGCAAGUACUGACAGAGGCACCUUCACUAAAUGCGUGCUGUUUGUUAGCAUGAGUGUGAGUUUGCAGUCAGUAUCCAAAGAUGACAAUCCCUUUGUAGGAGCGGAGCCACAAGGGCACUGGUCCCAGCUGAAAACUGAUUGGCUGCCUGAGUAUCCCCUCCCCAGUUACUCACCAAUUCAAAACAUAUCAUUGGCUAAUGAAAAAGUUGGCCCACCUGUUUGAAUUAUAGCACCUCAUACCCCCCACAAAUCCUAGAAUUGCCCCUGCCCCUUUGUUCUUGUGAGCUUCCAUUGUAGUUUCACACGAGUCAGUAUAAUUAACAAAUCACAGGUAAUGCGAUGAUGUAAAAAGGCAUCGUGUUGUGCUGAUUUCUGAGGAGGCAGCCUGGUUAUACGAUCCCAAAAGUAAGACAUGUGAGGAGUGAAGUUGGAAGUGUACAUUACGAUCCACAGAGGCAAGAUUAAUGUGAGUCAUAUGUGCCAAUCAAGGAAAAAACCACAAGCUUCCAAUGGUCAUUGCCAUUAAACUCAUAGAGUUUGAGGUGGGGUCAGUAGAGAAUGUAAAUGAGUUUGGUAACGAGAUCUGUGUCAUGAGAUCAGGUGUAACCAGAAAUGUCUUUGUUAACGUCAUUGCUGAGGUCAUUGGUGAUGUCACUGCUGGUGUUACCUAACCAUUAACACAAACCCAGAUGCAUCCCAGAUGUAUAUGUCUACAUCCAUGGACAUAUUGAUGCUGAAUGGGAGCUUUGGUUAUAAUAUGGGAAAAUAGGAGAAAAAACGAAGAAAAAAUAU